GCUUUUUUCAACCCCUUUAAACCGAUAAAAAAAAGACUAAAAUGCAUCACAUUGAGCAUGAAGACCACAAACAUGAUACCAAUUGAUUCCUGAAGACUUCAAAAUCACAAAGAAAAAAAACAAACUUUCUCAGACUUUCUUGAACUUUUGGUGAUCUCAGUGAAUGGACAGAACAGGAACAUUUUAGAGACAAAGUGGAAGAAAUUCAGCUCAAAAUUACGCGUCAGUAGAUUUUUCUUCCCGCCUCUUGGUGGGCGGAAGGUAGGAAAACAAAAGUUUAAAGAAAGGACAUAAAGCUGAAUUGUUGUGUGUGCCAUCGGUUGAAAAAACUGACUCAAAAUUUACUCUCCGACGCCAUUUGACGCCGCCAAGGCGUUGAAACUCGAGGAAGACUUCACGGGCGGCUGUAUGACAAUGUCCAUGUAUCCGUCGCCCGAUAAGAUGAAGAUGGGAACACCAGGAUGCUUCCCAGGACGCUACAGUCCCUCCUAUCGGGGUCCUGAUCAAAUGCGAAGGUGUAUGACAAAUCCCUCGAGUCGAUUAUUAGAAGACGCUUCAAUAAUGUGUAAUUCGUGGUCUCCCAGGCAUAAUGGUGAUAUCUUUUCGGGACUGAACGAUGGCAUUCUGAGCAGAGCUGAAGCUCUGGCCGCUGUGGACAUCCAGAAGCACCAGAGUAGUCAUGCUCAUACCCAAAUGUCCUCUCAACUCAAGCACGAUGUUAUGUAUCAUCAUGGGAUGGGUGGACCACCUCAGAGGCCACUGCAAAUGCAUCACACAAUGGAUGGCCUCGAUAUGCUGGACCCAGCCAGCUCCAUGACAACCCUCACCCCAAUGUCUGAUACCCCAAUCACCUCGUCCCAUCAUCAGCUCCAUGGUUCGUACCAUGGCAUGAAUCACAUGAUGGGGCACCAUCAUGGGGGCCCACUCAGUGGACAUACGACGGGUGAGUCAGAAAACCGCGGCAAAAGUCCCCAAGGCGUCCCACUGUGGCAAGAGAGAAAAUUCUGGGAUUCUCUUCCAGGACACCAUGGCCACCCGGGCGCCCAUCAUCCCGCCAUGGCAGCCGCCGUAGCGGCUGCCGGACUCCAUCCGGACACCGACACAGAUCCCCGGGAAUUGGAAGCGUUUGCAGAACGCUUCAAACAAAGGCGGAUAAAAUUAGGUGUAACGCAGGCUGAUGUGGGAAAAGCUCUCGCUAAUCUCAAGCUACCCGGAGUUGGAGCCCUAUCGCAGAGCACCAUUUGCAGAUUCGAGAGUUUAACGCUAUCACACAACAACAUGAUCGCCCUAAAGCCUAUCCUUCAGGCAUGGCUGGAGGAAGCUGAGGCUCAAGCCAAGAACAAGAGACGAGAUCCCGAUGCACCCAGUGUCUUACCAGCUGGAGAGAAGAAGAGAAAAAGGACUUCCAUCGCAGCACCAGAGAAACGCUCCCUGGAAGCAUAUUUUGCCGUCCAACCACGACCGUCUGGUGAGAAAAUUGCUGCAAUUGCUGAAAAAUUGGACUUGAAGAAAAAUGUGGUACGUGUGUGGUUUUGCAAUCAACGACAAAAACAAAAACGUAUGAAAUUUGCAGCUCAGCACUGACAGCCAAAUAAUGCUGCAACACAACUGGGAAUCGUAACAAGUGUGACUGCCUCAAUGGCAGCAGCUGCAGCGGGUGGGGUUGUGGGUGGUGGUGUGCCUGGAAGUGGUUCCGUCACGGGAUUUGGGUUCUAAAAAAAAAGAAACCCCAAUUCCCAUUUUCUCAUUGAGAAAUGCAAGAAUUCCACUUUUAUUUGUGAUCUCCUUUUCGGUUUAUUUUUGCAUUUUCAGCGCCAAAAUACCAAAAAAAUCGUUUCAUGGUUUUGUUUCGGGCAUGUGUUUUGAAAUGGUGACUUAUGCUGCAUACACAUUGGAGGUUUAGGUUUAAACCCGAAGUAGUAACAGGUUUUGCCAUCUUCUUUAUCUGCAACACAAUUUCACCGAGUUUUUUUAAUAAAAAAAAUCACUAGAAAUCCAAUGAUCGUAAACUACAAAUUAAUUCUGACUUUAGACACAUUAAGUACUUAUUAAGUACCUAAUAAUUUCUUAACUCAGUGACCUAAUUUUAAUGAGUUGUAGAACAUAGAACUGAUUAAAACAUAUAUGAAAAUAAGACAAAUGUCAGCGCAUUGUGGCGAAUAGUGAAACUAAUGUGGCAUGACGGAGCCUUAACACUAAGUACUUAUUUAAGGUCUUUGUAAAAGUACUAAGUAAUUUGUGUUAAGGAGAUCAAAAGUAGUUUCAUUAAGUACUUAAUUAAGGCCAUUCGACUAAUGACUUUUAAAUAAGUGCCCUAAUGCAUAAAAAACAUUUUUUUUUAAUUUCUGAAGUCGAGUUCUUCGAAUCCCUCGGCAGAAAUUCGAAUUGUGUUUGGAACCAAAAAAUACAUAAUUAAAAAUAAUUUUGAAAAUCUGGCAGUUAAACUCCCGGAACUUGGGUUUUUCGGGCUAUAACGACUGCAAUUCACUUUCCUGGAUAGUUAAUUGACCGCAUCGAAAUUUGGCAAUUUGACCGCAAUUUUUUAAUUUUGACCGCAUCGGAUUCAUCGAAAUUUGGCAAUUUUGUAAUUUUGAAAUUUGGCAAUUACUGAAUUUUACAAUUUAGAAAAUUAUCAUUAUCACUAAAGGCAAGAUAACUUUAUGAAAACAUUUCACGUGUUUACCCGUCAAAUAAUUUCGUCAGAUAUCUUUAAGAUUUGUGCAGAAAAUAUCUACACCUCUGCCGAAAACCUGCCGAGAAAUCUGUAGGUAUUCCUACGAAUUUUAUUUGGACUUGGGACAAAAUUCGUCAGAAAUUUUUGCAGAUUUUCUGACGAAUCCUGGUGCAUACUCUGACGAAUUUCUGUAGAUAUUUUGCCGAUUUUCUGUAGAUUUUUUUCCUACAUUCCAGACUUUCCAGACAGCUGUGUCAGAAAAGAUGGAAUAUUUUUCAGUGAAGUUUGCAAAAUUCAAUAGAGUUAUUCUUGGUGAUAUAUCGUAGUGUUUAUAUAAAAUAAAGAAUUCUGCGACGCCGUGUUAUAAGUAGUGAAUAGUGAAGUGAAAACUUUAAGCAGAGUGUCGACCUAAAUUUCGUGUUUUUGUAUCAUUCCAUAGGCGAUUUUUAAGAAUCUAGUAUUUUUGCUCGCAUUUUUUUAUUUAUCUAAAACGUUUAAUCGGUAAUGCUUGUUAAGCAGAGCAUACCAUUUUCUUUGUAACUUCUACAGUUUCUUGAUAAAUCAACAAUAUUUUUGUUGAAACAAUACAGACUAUGCAAAUUUACUAUGCAGAAAUUCUGCUGAGAAUCUGUAGAUUUUCGGAAGAAUUUUUGCCGAAAAUCUACAGAUUUUCUAUGCAGAAAUUCUGCCGAAAAUCUACAGAUUUUCUCUGAAUGUACUAGAAUAUACGUUACAAUUCAAAAAACCUCCGAGUAAAAUCGGCAGGUAGAGCAAUGAUUUGACGGGUAAUAAGAUUUUAUGGUUAUGUUUUACUGAAACGUCAAUUUGUUUCAUCUCUUUCUAUCCAAUAGUUAACAAGUGUCCGUCGCAUUCUCUAUUCCAGUUUCCACUUUUUGCCACCAGAUAUCACUAUUUUCGCUCAAAAAUUCCUUAAUUAAGUACUUAAUAAGUACUUAUUAAGGAUUUAAUUUAUGAACUUGGGCUAAGUUAUUAUUUAAGAGCAUGUAAUACCUUUAAUUAUAGCUUUGCACUAGUAACAGCUUACCUUGUGUUAGCCGAAUGUGUUUUUUUUUUCAAGGAAUCAUGAUCGGCAAAUUGGGAAAUCGUUGCCGAUUUAGUGUAAAAAACGAUUUUUCAAACUGAUAUUUUAAUAACUUCGUAGUGAUCGGCAGGUUGGUAAGAUUUUAACGAAAAAUUCAAAAUCGAGCACUUGAACCUUAAACCACUUAAAGGGUUUAUAUUUAAACCUCUAAUGUGUGAAGAGCAUAAAGUCCUCAGUCCUCAACGAUUAAAAUUGGUUUUCCUUGUUUUUUCAAAGUUUUCAUCAAGAACCUAUUAAAAAAAUAAAAAAAAAAUAAAAAAAAAUAGCCACCACCAUUCACAAUACUUUUUGCUAAAGUAUGCAAGGAAUGUGCGAAUAAGAAAAAAAGUGUGCAAUUCAUGAUAUUUUCUUUUUUUUUUUAGCAAAAAUCGAAUAAGUUUCCUAUUAAAACAUUUUUUACCAGUGAAAUUCUUUUGAGAAACGUGCAAUAUUGGUGAACUUGUGAAGUGAAUGUGAGGAAGAACAAUGUAGUUUAGUGAAAAAAAAUUUUCAUAAAAAAAGUAUUGUAAUUCAAUUUAGUAAAGAAAAA